UCUUCCCUUCCUUUCCCCAACCAAGUCGCCCGCCCGCCCGCCGCUGGGAGCCGGGACGAGCCCGCGGGGUCCCGAUUCAGCCCGCAUCCGCAUGCUCCCGCGGCCGCGCGCCGCCUCCUGAGCCCCGGACCCAGAGCCGGAGCGUGCGGCCGUCCAUGGAAGAGUACCGGCCGCGCCGGUCGCCGGCCGGCGAGCGAUUCAUCGGGAUGUUCUCGUCGCCGUCGCCCUCGUCUUCGCCGACGGAGCCCUCGUUCGUCGCCGGGGACGAGCUCCACGAGGAUGACUUCCUCUUCUCGUCGACGGACGUGCCGCCGCAGCUCGACUGGCCCAGGAGCCCGGGCCGGGGAGUGACGCAGGGGCACCUCGGCCUCCUCGCCGCGCUGGCGCUGCACGAGGGGGACAUGAGACUCCUGGUCCGAGGCGGUGGGGGAGGGGGAGGGGCUGCCGCGGCCGCUGCCAACGCGGGAACGCUGCUCCGGCGCAAGGCAACCAUCGCGGCCGCCGCCGCCUCGGCCUCGGCGGCGUCCGGGAGUGGGAGCUCGCUGUCGCCCACCCAGUCCCCGACUUCUUCCGCGCGGGCCAUCCCGGCAACCGCGAAGCCGAAGAACGCGGGCCCUGCUCCGCCGUACCACCAGUCGGCGCCCGUGAAGGUGCCCGUCCGGCCGCCCCGGAAGCCGGCGAUGGGCCGGUGGGGCGAAUUCGACGAUGACGACGACGACUUCCGGCGCGGCGACGCCGCCAUGUUACCCCCGCACGAGAUGGUCGCCCGCGCAUCCGCUGGUGGGGCCGGGCCCGCCGCGCCCUUCUCCAUGCUCGAGGGCGCCGGGCGCACGCUCAAGGGCCGAGACCUGCGCCGGGUGCGCGACGCCGUGCUUCGACAAACCGGCUUCCUAGACUGAAUCAGCAAGGUGAUGUGGCUCUGGCCUUUUGUUCAGCUCCGCAUGCUCAGAGUCAUAGAUGGGUUACAUUAUUAGUAUAAUUCAAGUGGGGUUCUUGGUGUAGAUCGAGAGGCAAAGCGAGAUGGUCAAGUAACAGGUUGAGUUUUUGAUGCAACUGCUUGCAAUUUUGGUGUCCUUGGAUGUGUGCGUGUGAUAUUAGUAUAUUACUGUAAGCUUCAGCAAUAAUAAGAACUGAUGUUUUGUGUCUGGGUCUCUGGGAGCUCUCUGUAAUUCAGGAGGAAAGAGAUUUUUUUUGUCAAGAUUGUUUGUUGGGCGUACCUAUCAUGAUGAUCGUCGAGACCAAUGCUCGUUCACUCCUGGUGACAAUUUUGUUAUUUUUGCUUCUUAGCCUCUUUAUAUCACCAAAUUGCCGUUGGUGAUGGAAAGGUGCAAUUUCUCUGUGCUGGUUGCCUGAUGUGCAUUCUUGAUUGAAUCUUCUUACUUCUGAGAGAAGUGCAAAAUUAUUUGAAUCACCAAUAUGCUCUCGUUCCCUAGAGAACUGAUAAUGCUUUCAAACGUGUAUCUGAGGCGUAUGUGGGUUUGUGUCAUGGCAUCUGAAUUGGAAGCAAUGUAUCAACUCAUUCACUAAUGCUCAUGGUUUAUUUCCUGGGAAAGAUUGGUAGUUGGUACUUGAGCUCUUUUGGCACAAGCAGCUGCAGGAACUGAGCUUGUUAUUUCGAACUUACGUUAGUACUUCUCUAUGCUUCAGUUUGUAACAUUUUUGAAAACGUCACCAGUUUGGUGUUAACAAUGAAACUGCUUGUCAUGUUCUUGUCUAGGAAAUUGCUUGGCAUGUUCAGUUUCAGUAGUUUCGGCACUCUAAUGACAAUCAGUUGUUGAACAAAUGGGAUAGGUACCAGCAACUUAUUUGAAUCAUGCAUUGCUGCAAUUUUCAUUUAGGGGCCGUUUGGUAGAGCUCUUCAAUCUCCUGAUUCUGUGAUGGAAGUCAUUCUGUGAUAGAAGUAGAUUAUAUGGUGAAAGUGAUUCCGUUUAUGAAAUCGUUUAGUAUGUUAAUGGUGGAAGUGAUUCUUGAAAGAAUAUUGUGUUGAAAUUGAGGAGAAUUAGCCGGGAAUCGGUGGAAGCUAGAUUUUUCGGCUCCCACCUCGCAGUACAAAACGUGGGAGUGAUUCUCUCUGAUUCUGGUGCGGAAUCGAUUCACCAACAUGGCGUUUGGUAGCGCUCCCGCCGAUUCUGGGGCAGAAUCAGCUCCCAGAGCGCUACCAAACGGCACCUUAGUGUAUACGUACUUCUGCCUUGUUGUAGCACACAAUGCUGAAAGAUGCUAGGUGUACUACUAGUGCUACUAGAACGUAUAAUCUUUCUUCAGUGCUUAAUGAUUUUCUGCCUGCACUUUAGCGUUUGUAUCUUCUAGACUUCUAAUGUGGUAUAUUUCAGUGGCUUUAGGUCUGUGGCUGUUGUAGAUCCUCUGCAUCGAUGCAGGGUUAUGAAAGCUGGAAAUUUUUGGAUGCCCUCAACAAUUGAGUUCCUUUUAUUUGAUCAGCAAGCUACAUGCAUCAUUGUUCGGAACUUGUAUGGUUUUGGAAAUAUGAAACCAGGUGCUUGCAGCUAGGGGAACUGUGCAAACAUGAAGACAAUUACAUUGAAUCACCGGUACUUCACGUGAUGUUUAUUAUGAAUCGGUUAGCCUUUUGAAUU